ACUUCUCGUUUUUGAGUUGUUACCCAACGAAUCGCUGCCAAAAACGUAGCAAUUUAAGGUUGAUGUGCAUUUUGUCGAAUUAUCACAACACGUAGUUUACUGUUUCAGAUUUUGGACUAAUCUAAACUAAUUUGUCUUCAAUUCGGAAUAUAUGUAAUACGCAAAUAAACAUCUCUGUCACCAAUAUCACUGAUAUAAUCUGAUGAACCUCAUCACAGAUGGAGUCGGUCUACAUCGCUGACUUAAUCAAGUAGAUAUUAUGGCGCUCCAGUUCGAUGAAUCUGUGAAUAAAGUGUAUAUCGAAUGUGCAUAGGCUGAAUGUAAUAAAGUCGGUAAGAUGAUUUAGAAAAGAACAGCUUGUAAUGCUUAUACAUGUCGUACAAUAAUUGAACUUUAAAUUGUUAGUUUUCUUAAGGGGUUAUGACAGCAUCUGUAUCGAAGCUAACGUUAGCUUAACAUGUUAUCUGAGCUGGUUAAGAUUAUUAUCACCAAUACACUUAUAUUAUUGUGAUUGAUCUUUGGCUAGCACGUAUAUUACAGAUAUAUUGUCCAAACCUGUCUCUAGCAGCUGACACAAACAUGUUUGUAGGUCUGAAACAACAGCCUUCAUCAGUAAAUCAAAAGUAUAUAUUGCUUGUGUAACUGCAGUAAUUAUUCUACUGAAAAUUGUAUUUAUCCUCAGGGGCCAAUUCAAAGGCUCAUAAAGCAGUCAUUAAAAACAAAAUAACUGAAAUGACUCAAUAUAAUACAAGUAACAGUGAAAGCAGCAAGUAGGGACAAAUAAUAACACUGUAUACUGAAGAGCUGGAGUGCUGGAGCUGGACAGCCUUUGUGCUAAAGGGUGGGAUGUUCCUCAGAGUGUACAAUCAACGCAUUUCUUCCUGAGGGUGUUGGUCAGUAAACACCUUAGGGUGCCAUGACUGAGGUUUUGGGACAGAGGAGCUUGCUGGGCUUUGGUGUAGUGUUGGCAUGGCUGGUUCUGUUCCACCUGCUGGUCAACAUCUGGCUGCUGUGCGUGUUCACCAGCCUGCUGGUGGUGCUUGGUGGCUGGCUUGGCUCGCAGGUGGUCCUAGAGUCUGAAAAUGUGGUCCAUCUUGAGAGGUUCAUCACUCUGGAGGAGGUCCCAGCCUCUGUGGGGGACGAUCAACACUUGGAUGAGGAGAUCCAUAACACAGUGAGGAAAAUCAUCAGGGACUUUAUCACCUCCUGGUAUUCCACUGUGUCCUCUGACACAAGCUUUGAGACUGAGAUUCAUGACGCCAUGCUCUCUAUGGCUAUGGAAAUGAAAACCCGUGCAAGACAUGUCAACAGAAAGGAGCUCACCCAGAGGAUCCUAGAUCUGUUUGGCUGCCACCUGCAGGACUACAUCAGAAGCAAGGAGCUGUUCACUGAACAGCAGACGUCCAUGAGCUGUGAGAGUGAGCAGUUGUGGAGAGCAUAUUCAAGGGUUACCACACCUCAUCUUGCCACGACCAGUGAUACAGCGGAGCUCAACUACACCCGAGCAUUUGUAGAUUUGCUGUUGCAUGUUUUGGUGCCAUCGCCGCACUUGGAGAGCCAAACAGGACGGUUUGUUGUCGGAGAGCUCAUCACCUGUAACGUCUUUCUGCCUCUCAUUGCAAAACUGUCUGACCCUGACUGGUUAAACAUGCUUAUGAUUGAAAUAUUUGGCAUGUCUGGGACACUCCAGGAACCAGUCAGAGAGACAGUGACUCCUUCCCCACAGCCAUUGUUACCACCAACUGCUGAAUCAGAGCUUGCUCCACCACUGGAGACAUCACAGGUACCUCAGAAGAAUACUGAAGCUCCUCCAGCAAGAGCAGAGACUCACACUGUCCCUGCUGAGACAGAGAUGACUGAGCUUACUGUCUAUGAUGUCUUUGACGGCGAGGAGGUGGACUGUCCCCAGAACAAUGCUUUAGAAGAAGAAGAAAGUACCCCUCCCUUCCUUGAGUGUUUCAUUAGAGGAAGCAAAUCAAACCCAUUUUACCAGGAAAAUGACUCUGACCUAGAUUCUCCUUUGGCUGAUUAUAAGCAGAGUUCUAAUGAUUCCCUGGUGAUGAUAGGCCAAGAGGAGAGUCUGUAUGACAGAAGGAAAGAAUGCACCACAUCUGUUAAAAACAACAAUGAUGUGGACUUAGACGAUGUCUGCCCCUCUGCAGUGGGUGGCUCCUGUCCAAACAUCCUGGUGAAUUUGGAACAUCCUAAUGGCUACAGCCUCUUAUCCAGUAGGGCAGUAGAGGGGACUCUCAGUGUCGGCAGCCUCCAGGACUUGGAGAGGGAUGCCAGUUCCUCUUCAGGUAACCUAUCCAGAGACCUUCCUCUGGGUGUAGACCAAACUGGGUUUGGGAACCCCAGUGAGCUGACAGCUGGCAGUCCAUUGCAGGUUCCUUCUCCCAUGCCAUCGUUCAGUUUUGAGCCCCUCAGCAGCCCAGAUGGACCAGUCAUCAUCCAGAACCUCCGCAUCACUGGCACCAUCACAGCAAAGGAGCACAGAGGCACUGGCUCACACCCCUACACAUUAUACACCAUCAAAUACGAGACGGCAAUGGGGUGUGAGAACCAAGAAAGCAUCCAGCCUGGCUCUGAGGAUGCCGAAGCUGUGCAGACAAGUAGUGAGAAUCCCUCUCGCAUCCAGCCAGUAGCAUAUCACAUGGUCAACAGACGAUACAGUGAGUUUCUCAACCUGCAAACACGACUGGAGGAAAAGAGCGAGCUAAGGAAACUCAUAAAAGGUGUUAAAGGUCCAAAGAAAAUAUUUCCUGACAUGCCAUUUGGAAACAUGGACAGUGACAAGAUAGAGGCCCGGAGAGGACUCCUAGAAACUUUUCUUAAGCAACUCUGUGCCAUUCCUGAAAUUGCCAAUAGUGAAGAGAUGCAGGAGUUUCUUGCCCUGAACACAGAUGCCAGAAUUGCCUUUGUGAAGAAACCUUUCAUUGUAUCACGCAUAGACAAGAUUGUGGAUACACUGAAAACAGCCUUUCCUCGUUCAGAGCUUCAAAGCCCCACAGAGGACAAUGAGACAGAGACGGAUGGAAUGAAGAUAGGUUUUGACAAGAAGAGCAAGUCUCGUCUGAAGUUCUCUAGUAAAAACAUUCUCCCUAUGAACGGCUCAGACAUACGACCAGCAGUUUUGUUCAGUUUGGAGCAAAGAAGCACAGUGUUCAACCGGAUGUCCUUGGAAGAUCUGGAAGUGUUUAUUACUGAGCAAGAAAAACUAUCCAUCAGAGCUGCGUUGGAGAGGGAGGACAGUCCAUUAGUCAGAGAAUUCAUGGGAUACCAGGAUGACGGCUCGAGAGAAAAGCGGAGUCAGGGACAUGCAUCUGAGACGGCACUGGCUGAGGUCGCGCUGAACAUCUUGUGUCUGCUGAUGAAGGAGCAGUGGAGCUGGCUGUGCACCGAAAACAUUCAGAGGACCAUCAGGCUGCUGUUCGGGACCUUGAUCGACAGGUGGCUGGAUGUCAGUGUAGCCAACCUGAUGUCCAAAAGGUACUGGGUGUUGUACCUGCAGGUCAUCCAGGAGUCUGUGUGGCCAGGUGGAACUCUGCCUACGUCACCUCGACUUGAACGCAGCCAGCAGCAGAAGGACAUCACCCGGCAACAAGCUUUACACUGUCUGAUGAGACUUCUACCAGAUCUGGUUUCAGAUAUGUUGGGCUCAGACAAGUACAAAAUCUGCUGGCAGACUGCACUGGACUCUCUCCAGAACCCCUACAUUAAUAGACACCUGGUCUACUCCUUAUUUGAUGUCCUGUUGGAGUUCCUGGUUCCUGAACUACCUGAGGAAGACUUCCAGUGGAGGCUGCUGCAGACCCUCUCUAAGAAUCCAGAAAAAACGUUGGCAUGACGAGACAACCUUCACGCUCACCCUGCAAACCCAGCUUCCAUUUGUUUCAUCAUCCGUACACAAGUGAUGAGAUGCUGAACAGCAGCGUGGCGGAGACGUCUGUGAGUCAAUGUUUCUGGUAGGACUGAAUAUUUUCUGUUGUUGACGUGAUUCUGCUCUAUCUCUACAUUUGUGUCCUGUAUUUAUGAACACACGCAUUGGAAGCAGCAUUACUUACAUGAGAGCGUCAGGUUUGUGUGACGUACUGUAUAGAUCCAAUCAGAGUAUGGCACCAUCCACUGUCU